AUCAUCUGUCAACGCCCAUUGCGUAAUGCCUGGCGCCCACCCGCUUAGUCGCGCUACUAUUUAAGACACUCAUGUCUCCUUUGUCUUGACCUUACUCCCUCUCUUUCUCCUCCUAAUCACAAUCAAACUUUCAUUUUCUCUGCAUAUAUUGUCCAUUAAUCUCUCUCUGCAGUACUUUGUUUUGGUUCAGGGGAAGAGUGAUAUUUGUCUAACCAUGAAUGAGAACUGUGUUGGAUGGGCUGCUAGAGAUGCAUCUGGCUUUUUGUCACCUUACAAUUUUAGCCGCAGGGACCCUGCUCCUGAUGAUGUUUCAUUGAGGAUUACUCAUUGUGGGGUUUGCUAUGCGGAUGUCCUAUGGACGAGGAACAAGCUCGGUGACUCAAAAUAUCCAUUGGUGCCUGGGCAUGAGAUUGUUGGAGUUGUCAAAGAGAUCGGUUCAAAUGUCAGUGGUUUCAAAGCUGGUGAUCAUGUUGGGGUGGGAACAUAUGUCAACACCUGCAGGGAUUGUGAAUAUUGUGAUGCGAAAUUAGAAUGCUACUGCUUUAAGGGCUUAACCUUUACAUUUAAUGCCAUUGAUGUGGAUGGUACAAUAACAAAAGGAGGAUACUCAAGCCACAUUGUAGUUCAUGAGAGGUAUUGUUACAAAAUACCGGACAACUACCCAUUAGCCUCAGCUGCACCAUUACUCUGUGCGGGGAUCACUGUGUAUUCUCCUAUGAUACGCCACAAGAUGAAUCAACCAGGAAAAUCUUUGGGUGUGGUUGGCCUUGGAGGGCUUGGUCAUAUGGCAGUCAAGUUUGGGAAGGCUUUUGGUUUGAAUGUAACAGUCUUCAGUACCUCUAAAUCGAAGAAAGAUCAAGCUCUAAAAGUACUUGGAGCUGACAAAUUCAUACUCUCAUCUGACAAGGAGGAGAUGGAGAGUGUGGCCAGAAGUCUGGAUUUCAUAAUUGAUACAGCCUCCGGUGACCACCCAUUCGAUGAAUACCUCUCUCUCUUAAAGACUGCUGGCACUAUGGCCUUGGUUGGGUUUCCGAGUGCAAUCAAAAUCCAUCCUGUAAGCCUCAAUAUGGGGAUGAAGACUAUAUCCGGGAGUACAACGGGAGGAACUAAAGAAACGCAGGAAAUGCUCGAUUUUUGUGCUGCUCAUCAAAUAUUCCCAAUGACUGAAGUCAUUCCGAUCCAGUACAUUAAUGAAGCAUUAGAGAGGAUGACUAAAAAUGAUGUGCAAUAUCGUUUCGUGAUUGAUAUCGAGAAUUCAUUAAUGUAAAAGCAAAUAGGAAACAUUCUACCUUGGAGCUGCUCACACUUGGCUCCUUCUUUUUGGGCUGUCAUGGGAUUCGCGGCCAUUGCUACACCUUGGAUGUAAGAAUGAAACCUCAAAGCCACUAUGGAACUUGUCUCUCAUUUAAGUUUAGAGAGAGAGAGAGGAUCAAAGACUUAUUAAGAGAGAGAGAGAGAGGAUCAAAGACUUAUUUCAAGCAUCGCUGAUGCUGAAAAGCGUUGAUCCUCUUUACCGGAAGGAACCGAGAGAGAUGGGUACUAAUUUUUUAUGGUUUGAGUUGGUCAGUA